GUAUUACCGCGUGGCGCGUGGGAGGCUGCGGAGUUAUGAAUCUGUAUCUCUCUGCCUAUUAAUUUCUCACUCACACUGAUUGACACGAUCAUGGAAACCGAGAAAGUGCUACAUCUGAGGAGAUACGUGACAUUACUUCAAACCGGAGUGAGAUCGCGCAUUGUCCGUUCGCACUUGCACACUUAUGGGACGAAUUCGCCGCGCGGAGGUUAUGUCGUCCACUGCGUGCCGAAACAAUCCCUUCAAGUGCCCCUGCGGUCGGAGAAUUAUGUCUCGACGUAUGCCAGAAUGUUCAGCACGACAGUCGCGCAAUCGUCUGUCGAAGACAUCGAUCAGAAAUUGAUGUUGUUGUGCAACGACAGUAUUAAAAAGGGGCAGGUGUCGGUGGAUGAUCUGCAGGAGAUUCUCAAGCUCUGCGACUGUCAGCUACGUCCCAGCACUAGCCUGUUGCUGCUCAAGUGCUGUGGAAGCCUGUCGCCCGAUUUGAACAAGUCUAAGAAGCAGCAAUUGCUUGAUCAGGUAUGGAAUCUGGCACAGAAAAACAGCAAAGAGGACCUAACACUGGAUCAUUACAACACGUUGCUGCAAAUCCAGAUGGAGAGCUCCACCUUCAUAAAUCCCAUGCAGUUUUUGGCUGGCAUGACAGUAGAGCCGGAUGAAAAUACCUAUAGCUUACUGCUCAAUGUGGCUGCCAAAACAGGCAACAGCAGGUAUCUGUGGGAUGUUAUGUCCGUGAUAAAGGAGAAGAAUAUUCUCUUUGAUGAGAACACGUUCAAUGUACUGGUACAGAUUUACAUAAACAACAGCAAUAUGGCUGAAGCGGAGCACAUGGUAAUGCUCAUGCGAGAUACAAAAUUGUCCACUGCCAAAGCAUAUACUGAGCUGGCGUGUGGAUACGCAAGACUCGGCAAUAUUCCGAGUCUAAUUAAGAUACUGAACGAUGAACCGCAGAGCGAUACGAACCUACUCAGAAUAACGAAAGUCCUAGGCUCGUCCGACAACAGCCGGCACAUACCGGUUGUCUUGAACUUCCUGACAGCCCCGAUAUCGGCAAAUGAACCGGAGAUCUCCAAGACGAUAGCGGAACUAACACGCACCAAUCAGAUCACGGGUGCGCUCACGAUCAUAAAAUUCUUCUCGUUAAACAGCACGAUGAAGGACGUUAUGAGAAACUUCAUAAACAGCUUCCUGAACGAACUGAUAAUAAUAAAAGCACCCAAGACCGAUAUCACGAAAUACGCGGUUGACUUCAUGGGCUACGAGCCCCUGGCAUUGUCCAACGUAGCGGAAACUGCCUUAAAGUUGGGCAGGGAAGACUUGUGUUACGCAAUAUUUGACGCGAUGAGGGAGAAGGGCAUGGAGAUACGACCACACUAUUACUGGCCAUUAUUAGUGAUGGCACACUACAACACGGGAGAAGCUAAGAUAUUCGCGAUCCUUCAAUCCAUGAAGGACGCGGAUGUAGAAGUGGACUUUGAUACACUGUGCAAUUACGUGUAUCCUUACAUAAACACUGCGAAUCCGCGUAUUACUUUGCACAGAAUGGUGGCAAUGAACUUGCCCAAUGCCAUCAUAUUUCUGCCUCUGUUAGCUUUUCUGUUGUCUAGAAAUCAAUUGCGGGACGUGAUAGACCUGUGUGAGAACUCGCAACACAAGAUAAGUUACAAAGAACUGAUGAGGCCACUGGUGGGCGCCUAUUUCGAUACGAGAGACGUCCAGAAUUGCGUAAAAUUACUGACGAUACGUCCAAAUGGUCAAGCUUUCAUCAGUAUGUUUUUUAGAAUACUGUUAAGCACCAAUAAGUCGAAGUUUGACGUGAAUGACCUGCAGCUAUUCAUGAAGGAAUUCGCCAAACGCAACGCAAAAAUAUCGCGUCAAGACGCAAACUUUCUGAGAAAAAGAUUUCUGAAUAACUUUACAGACUUGUUGAAGAACACGAACGUGUUGGAGCUGCUGGAGAGCCUGGUGGACGAGCAAAUCGUAGAAUCGGUACUCUCGAUCCCGGUCAGUCCGAAAUAUAUGAAUACUAAGGAUCUAGAGUGUUUCUUAGUUGAGCAAAAGUACAAAAAGCUGUAUACAGCAAAUACUUUAUCCAAAUUGAUUGACCUGUAUUGCAACGAGAACAAAUUGAAGAAGGCCGAGGAGAUGAAACGCGAGAUUGAGGCAUGUGGAUACAAAACGACAAAUAAGAUUAUGCUAAAUCUGCUUGAACUGUAUAUCAAGAAUAACAAGCUGGACGAGGCUAAGGCAAUAAUAUCCAGCAUUAACAAUACGUUCCCAAUAGACAGCGCCAAGAUUCUGAUGUAUGCUAACGCGUUGGUAAAGGUGAACAAAAUUACCAAGGCUUUCGACAUCAUCGAGGAAAUCACCAACGUCAACAACAGCAUAAAUACGCAAAAGUUCUGUUUUACGCUUCUGGACACGCUGGCGCAAAGUCAGUAUCACGAUCAGACAAAGAACAUGCUGAGAUUGCUUGUACAGAAGAAAUAUUGUGUUCUAACCGUCGAAAUGCUGAGACCAUUGAUCGCGAUACCGUUGAGACAUAAUAACAUCAUGCAGGCUAUGGAUACGUUCAAAGCAUGUGCGCAGAAGUACAAGAAGGCGCCGUUGGCAUUGGAAUUGUUAACGGCAUUGUUGCAGCAGAGAAACAGUUUCCAUCAGGCCGAUGAAUAUAUAAAUCAAGUGUAUACAAUCCUAGCUGAUUUUCACAACAUCCGUACGGCGAACACAACACUCUUGUUAGCACUGGCGACGUUGAAUAAGACGGAGGAAAUGCGUUCUAUAUUACAGAAAGAAAGAUUAUCGAUAAGCACUCUUGUCUACUAUACCAAUUACAUACAGAAGUUCGGUAAAAUGAACCCUCUGUUGAGAAUCUUUGAGGAAAUGCCAGACACAAGUAAUGCAGAACAACUUUUAUUGUGUGACUUACUCAUUAACAGCUACAAUCGAAACGGAGAUCACAACGCAGCCUUAGAUCUCUGGAAUAAGAUGUGCGCAAAGAACAUCAAAUUCAGCGAACAGUCCGAACGGAGUUUUAUCCAGUUGUUGCUGUUAAAUAAUGUUCCGCUCCCGUCAUACUUUGCAAAGAAUAAUAAUGUUAGUAAUCAACGAAGUACAUAUUAAAAACAGCAACAAUAUGUGUGAGUUAACAGUUAUCCAAAGCUAAACUAAGUAGGCAAUCGAUAGGAAUUCAUGAAUGAGAGGACAGCAACACAAAUCUGUAAAAUAAAAUAUCUGUACAUAA